AUGGAGAAUCAAAAUUACAUGUCAGAGUAUAUCAGACCGGAGUUGAUAGUAACAUCAAUGGAAUUUUACGUUAGGAUUAAUCAAACAGACCAAAGUUAUGACCUUUUUGAUAACAAGAAUGAAAAGGUUAAAUUAUUACCAGCAUGGGAAGAAGUACGUGAAUUAAUUGAGAAUUGCAAUAUAUUAGAUCCACAUCAAAAAAUGCUACAUGUUAAUCGAUUAAAACUUGGCUUGUCAUUAUCAUUAUUUCAUUAUAUUCCCUUCAAACCAGAUGAAGAGUUCAUCUUAGAUCAAGAGUAUAUUUCUGCACUUGAAUAUAUCGAAGACUUGAAAAUGAUCAGAAAUAGUCUUCGUUAUGUAAUUUGCAAGGUUUUAGCCUUUACAAUGCCACUUGAAAAUCUCUUAAAUUUAUCAAUCUUGUUCAAGAUUCAGUUUCCUUUAUUCACAAGUCAGCCGGUACCAACAGGAACAUCAGAAAGAUUGAAUUGGAAUUUUCUUAGUUCAAGAAAAGAAAUUCAACAUUAUUGUGAGUUUCAUCCAACAGUAAAAGUGUUAGAUUUGGAAAAGAUAAUAUCAUCAGGAAGAAUUUCAAUUCCAAUGAGUAUUCUUAACAGUUUUGAGAUUCAAAUUCCACGAUUAGAUGCCUCAGCCGUUGCUUCAGAAAGAAAUAUUCUGGAUAGAUUAAAAUCACUUUGUUUUGAUCCAGUUGCGGAUUUACUUCUCACCCAACUAGAAUCAGCUCGGUUAAGUACUGAAGAGUCUUUGGAAAGAAUUGAAUUUGCCUACCGUAAUAGAUCAAAUCAAGAUUCAGAUUUAUUUAUACAAUUAAUUAAUCAAUGUCUCUUUGAAAUGAUGUUCAAUAAAUCAAACUAUGGAAUCGCCAUUGAUGGAACUCACGUAUUAUUAAUUAGAAUUGAAAGUAGUUGUCGGCAAUUGCGUUCAAAAAAGUUAUCAUUUAAACGUGAAGGUGUAGUAACGAAUAUAACGUGUGAAGUCGCCUGUAUCCCUCAUCUGACUGGAGAGUAUAAUUUAUGUUCUUUGAUUGCUGUUUUUGCUAAUAGUUACUUUAAUGAAACAAAUGAGAAAAUCAUUGUUUCGAUUGAAACAUUGAAAGAAUCAUCAAAACUUUCGGAUAAAGAUAUUAAACAAGAACAAGAACGUAGAUAUAAAAUGAUGAAAGAAAUUGGGACGUCUUCAUUAGAUAUAUUUACCGAAUCUGGUGAUUGGUACUUUUAUAAGAAAACAAUAUUCAAAGUACCCAAACAAUACAUGACAGAAGUACUAAAGCUAGAAAUAAAAUAUUCAAUGCUAAAUUCAUCAAUGAUUGGAGAAAUCAAAAACAUACAUAGAGACAGCUCCAGAUUUUCAAAGGUGUACCAAGUAAAGCUUACAGAUGAAAGAAGUCCAUUCAAUGGAGAAACAAUGUUUUUGAAGGUCUUUGAUGGAGUUUCUGGAUCUGAGAUUAAUAAGCUAACUCGUUAUCACCAGUUUUUUGGGACUUUAAGCGUUGUCUUCAGCAUGUUCCUCAGAGAAAUAGCUUCUUAUACUAAUUUAAGAAAUGAACUUCCUUGUGGUUUGUAUGAGCCUAGGCCACUGUCUGCUAAUGCAAAGAAUUAUGUUCCUUAUAUGUAUAGUUAUGGGUAUGUUGAUUUGAAAAGUGAAAAUAUUAGAGGCUUUUAUAUUCUUUCUGAAUAUAUAAAUAGUGAUUUCCAAUUUGCCAACGUUGAAUCACUAUUAGAAGAGGCUACUCUAAUUAGUGAUGAAUUAAAAGAAGCUGGCAUUAUUCAUGGAGAUAUACAUAAAGAUAAUCUACUUUUCGACAAGUAUAGAUUAAAACUUAUGAUAAUCGACUUUGGAUUAUCUCAUAUCCACAAAUUCAAAAUUGAUAAUCGAGUCAAUUUACAAAGUGAUGAAAAGGCCUUCAAAAAACAAGCAACCACAUUAAACGAAGUUAUUAAACAGAUAAUUUCUGAAUAUGGAUUAGAUCGUAAACGGAAACGAAUUUUAGUAUAAGAUAAUUCUGAUAUUCUUGCUUAAGGUAAUUUUGCCAUAUUAUUAUAUAACCUAAAUUCUUUGCUUUUAUAGAACCAAUUACAAGUUAUUCUUCUAUAACUAUAACUCUAAUUUUUAUAUUUAGUUAAUUCC